CCACAGUUGGUUGGUGCGGCAGGUCUCGUGAUGGCUUGCUCUCUCUCUCUUACCACCACCACCACCACCACCACCUCUGCUCUCACCUCUCCCGCUCUCCCGCUGCCGGCCUAGUAGUGAGAGCUGAGAUAAAUAAGUGAGAAGAGAGAGAGAGAGAGAGAGAUUUGUGUGUGAUUUAUUAAGACGUUUUUGUUUAUUUUGAUUACUGAAAGAGAGAAAGAGAGAGAGAGAGAGAGAAAAAAAAAAAAUAACAUCGAGUGAUCUUUUCAGUUUAAUUCUUGAGUUUGUUGUAUUUUCUUCCUUCAUUUUUUUUUUCCGUUGUUUUGUUUUGUUUUGUUUUGUUGACGUCAUAGAAAAUGUGCGUCUCUGAAAAUUGACUCGUGAUUUCGCAACAACACCAAAGAAGAAGAAGAAGAACAACAACAACAACAAGAACAAGAAAUAGGGAUAGAGAGAGAGAGAGAGAGAGAGAGAGAGAGAGAGAGAGAGAGAGAGAGAGAGAGAGAGAGAGAGUGGAUACGAAAUUAUUCACACACCACUUGGUAACCCGAGAAAGAUAGAGAUAGAGAGAGAACCAGAGAGAGGAAGAGAGAGCGAGAAAAAAGACAGAUAAAUAGAACAAGAGAGAGAGAGAAAGAAAAGAAAGAAAGAAAGAAGUAAGGAAGAGAGAAAAAAAGUAACAAAUAUAUAUAUGAAACUUUUAAACCGUGCAUGAUAAAAAAAAGAGAGAGAGACAGAGAAAGAGAAAUAAGAGAGAAUAAGACACGAGGAGACAAACAAACGAAGAAAAAGAGAAAAGAAAGUAAGUAAAGAAGGAAGACAUACAUAAAAAAAGAUAAGAUAACAAGAUAGAAAUUGACGUAAAACAGACAUCAGAGAGAGAGAGAGAGAGAGAGAGAGAGAGAGAGAGAGAGAGAGAGAGAGAGAGAAAGGCAAAAAGACAAGAUAUUCAGCUGUCACCACCACCACCACCACCACCACCACCACCACAUUGACAGAAGACGUGACGUGGUUUGGUGAAGCUUAAAGAGGAUGGACGGGACACUCCUGGCCACCACACUGCUGCUGCUGCCCUGUCUUCACGCCGUGGCUGCAGGCCUGCGCAUCACCAAGGUGGAAGUGCCGCGGUACCUCAUCGUGGGCAAACAGGCGACGCUGCGCUGUCACUUGGCGCUGGAAGGGGACGUGCUGUACUCCCUCAAGUGGUGGAAGGAUGGCAAGCAGUUCUACCAGUACAUCCCGCAGAACAACCCUCCCAACGUGGUGUUCACAGUGCCAGGCAUCACCGUUAAUCCACAACACGCGGAGCUGAACGAGGUGGAGCUGGUGGACGUGCAAGCGACCUCCACAGGACAGUACAAGUGUGAGGUGGUGGCGGAGGGUCCCACUUUCAACACAGAUGUCAUGGCUGCUAACAUGACCAUACUGGACACGCCAGAUGAACCUCCACGAAUCACAGGACUCGAGCCAAACUACAGGGAUGGCGAGACAAUUGCCCUCAACUGCACCUCUAGCCGCUCACGCCCCCCUGCCGCUCUCACCUGGACACUCAAUGGACGACAGGUGGGCCCGGAACACCUGCUCACGUACCCAGUGGUGAGUGAGGGGAAACCGGCACUGCACACCUCCACUCUAGGCCUUUCCCUCACGGCGCGCCCUCACCUCUUCGCGGGCGGCACUCUCGAUCUCAGGUGUAGCGCCACCCUGCACGAGUAUGUGUGGCGAAGUGACGUGACGGCCACACUAGACAAUGUCACCUACAGCCAGCCACACCAUCUGCCCACCCUUUCCAAGACCAACGGCAGCAGCGGCCAGGGAGUCAGCCUAUCUCUAUUGCUGCUGAUGAUGCUGAUGAUGACAGUGAUAGCAACGGCACUCUCCCCUCUCUCCCACUCUCCUUUAGUAACUUAAUCCAACCCCACUCACUCACUCCCUCUCACUCACUCACUCACUCACUCACUCACUCACUCACACUCACUCUGUUUUGUACUGCACCUAUGAUAUGGCUCUUGGUGGUGUUCAUCUCAUUCAUCUCCUCACUCAUCUCAUUCACUCACUCACUCAUUCAUUCAUUCACUCAUUCACUCAUUCAUAUUUCGUCAUGUUUACUCACGCACUCCCAGAGAUUUUUGAAAGUUGAUUUUUUUUUUAUUUUUUAGUGCUAGUGGUGGUAGUAGUGGUUGAGGUAGUAGUGGUAGUAGUAGUAGUAGUAGUAGUAGUAGUAGUAGUAAAUUCAGCUGAGUUUCUUUUCUAUUGAAUUCACGAAGGGGGAAAAUUCAGUUUAUCAGGGACGAAAAAUACAAAAAAAAAUAUACGAAACGGAAAAAAGGAAAGAAAAAAUACGCGCACGAAGAAAAAAAAAAUCUCUGGGAAGUGUGUACUACUCUCACCUGUCUGUACACCUCCAAUUAACACACACACACACACACACACACACACACACACACACACACACACACACACACACACACACACACACACACACACACAGACGAAGGUGGAGGAGUACAGAAAAAAUCACUUAAUCAUGCAUUCCACUCUCUCACUCACUCACUCACUCACUCACUCACUCUACAAGAAGCCGGAGGGUCGUGUGAUACUUAAGUGUUGGACAAAAUAAACAAAAAGGAAAAAGGCCAUUAGUGGAUCCAUGUAAAUAGACAAAAAAUAAUAAAGGAAAAUGAGAGAAAAAAGUGAAGGUGACACAGAGGAAAGAGGUGUCCUUGUGGUUACCUGGUGCUAAUGAGGCGGCCAGGUAAGACGACAGGUAACCAGGUCCGCCAGGUAGGGCCAUGCAGGUAGCCGUGUUAAUUACUAAGUGUUACAUAUUUGUUCCUUUUCUACUAUUAAAAAAAAAAUUUACUUGCAAUGUCUGACCGGACGACUGAAAACACACACACACACACACACACACACACACACACACACACACACACACACACACACACACACACACACACACACACACACACGCAAAACGAUAUUUAUUUGUGUCUGAGGUCAAUAUUAUAAGUGCCAAUUGUACACACACACACACACACACACACACACACACACACACACACACACACACACACACACACACACACACACAGGGAGACGCAAUGACGCAGGUGUUUAGCAAUGUCGUGUAAAUAAAAGCUCAUUUUUAGUGUUAAACAAACAAACAGACAAACAGACAAAUGUGUGUACGUGACAGCAAGACAUCCGUGUACGUGUGUGUACGUACAUGUGUCUGCUGCUCACUUACACGUACAUGACUGUGGUGUACAUAGCGUCUGGGUGUUCUAGCUUGUCUGGGUGGCUGAUUCACACACACACACACACACACACACACACACACACACACACACACACACACACACACGCACACAAGUUUUAUUCCAAUGUACGUGAAGUUGUGUGCGUGUUAAAAUCUGUUAUUCAUCAACGUACAUGAAAUAGAUUAUGUAUGUAUGCAUGUAUGUAUGUAUGUAUGUGUGUAUGUAUGUGUGUAUGAGACAAAAAAGAAAAGGAAAAAAUAAAACGCACACAAAAUCUACUACUAUUGCUACAUGGCCACUGAGCACACACACACACACACACACACACACACACACACACACACACACACACACACACACAUGGAAAUUCCCAAUCGGAGCUUCAUUCACUUUUCAUUCAGCAGAGAACCCACAUUUCCAUACACGAAAUAACAUCUAAAAAAUAAAAAAAAAAAAAAAAAAAAGAAACGAAGUGUGUGUGUGUGUGUGUGUGUGUGUGUGUGUGUGUGUGUGUGUGUGUGUGUGUGUGUGUGUGUGUGUGUGUGUGUGUGUGUGUGUGUGUGUGUGUGUGUGUGUGUGUGUGUGUGUGUGUGUGUGUGAACAUAAACACCUGUAUACACGCACAACACAAGUGGUUUUAUAUUGCAUUAUUCACACACGUCUAAUGAUAAUGAUGAUGGUGAUGAUGGUGGUGGUGAUGAUGACGAUAGUGAUGAUGGUGAUAAUACUACUAAUGAAAAAAACAAAACAAUGAUAAUGACGACGAUGGUGAUCUAUAAAUAGGUAUGUAUGUAUGUAUGUAUGUAUGUAUAUGUUGCUAAGCUUACUUCUUAUACAUACAACAGACUUCAUACCUACACACACACACACACACACACACACACACACACACACACACACACACACACACACACACACACACACACACACACACACACAUUACUCCGUCCCCCUGGGCUGCUCUGUCUUACACAAUAAACACAGAAUAUAAGCAAAAAAAUGAUAAUGUCCC